AUGCUCUCGUUCCCUCCAUCAAUAGGUCUGAUCCAUUUUGUCGGAAUUGGUGGCCAUGGCGUAUCUGCACUUGCCCUGAUCCUUCAUCAGAUGGGCUAUACCGUACAAGGAAGCGAUGCUAAAAAGAGCGAAAACACCGCGAGACUAGAAGCUGCAGGCGUGAAAGUAUUCCUGGGCCAUGAUACCUCAUACGUGGAGUCUGCGAAGCUAGUCGUCGCCUCAGCUGCAGCUCUGAAAGUUAAAUUCCGACCUACAGAUAACAUUGAAGUUGAAGCUGCAAGGGAGAAAGGUAUUCCGGUGAUACAUCGUGCUGAGAUGUUAGCGGAGUUGAUGCGGAAUAAGAAAUCGAUUGCUGUUGCUGGUAGCCAUGGGAAAAGCACCACGACUAGCAUGAUUGGCGGGGUACUGGAAGCCGGUGGACUGGGUCCUACAGUGAUUACAGGUGCGACCAUGAACCUUUACGGGUCAAAUGCACAUCUUGGAUCGGGAGAUUGGGUAGUCGCUGAAUCAGAUGAGAGCGAUGGAUCCUUUUCGUGUCUGCCGCAUCUGAUCACGGUCGUCACCAAUAUUGAUAGCGACCAUAUCAUCUACUGGAAGAAUGAAAUGAAUACCAGAAUGGCAUUCACGCAGUUUGUGCGCAAUGUUCCAUUCUACGGACUGGGGAUUAUGUGUAUUGACGACCCUGGUGUUCGUCAAAUUCUACCAUUGAUCCGAGAUCGGCCUAUUCUCACCUACGGCGUUUCAGACGAUGCAGACUUCCGCGCAGAGGAGAUCAAGUAUUUACCCGAUGAAUGUACCUAUACCGUCUCGAUGCCAGAUCCAGAAAGCAAGUCUCGGAAGAUAGUAUUUGGACCUGUCUCAGUGAAGGCUCUUGGAUUACAAAAUGUUCGGAAUUCCCUCGCAGCGAUUGUAAUCGCCACCGAACUGGGAAUUGGAAUAGGAAACAUGAACCAAUCACUGAGUUCAUUUCCUGGUGUGGCUCAUCGAUUCCAGCACGUUGGUACAGCGAACGGAAUCAAGGUUAUCGACGAUCACAGCGCCCAUCCAGCUGAAAUCCAAGCGACAAUCCAAAUGGCCAAGCAGAUCUGUACGCAAAAGAUUAUCGCAGUUAAUCAGCCAAGCGGACGACCUGGGAUUGUGAAAGGGUGGCUUAAAGAAUAUCCUAUUGCCUUUGAAGGGGCGCAUCAUAUUAUUAUUGGACAGGGUGAGGGAGGUGAUUCGUUGUCGGCUGCUGAAGCUCGAGAAAUGCUGGUUGAGUGUCUGCAGAACAAUGGGCGUCAAGAUACUAUUUCCAUGCCUGAUUCAGCUCAGUUACCGAGUUUGAUAUCAAAGAUAGCUACAGAUGGUGACAUUGUUCUGUGCAUGGGCUAUCUCGGCUCUGAUCGUUGGGCGGAGGAACUGGUGGGACAAUUGGGAGGGAACAAAUCUACAUAG